AUGGUGGAUUCGAUCAGUCGCAUUGCAUCCGCUUUAGAAUCAGCUAAGGUAAUUACUCGGGAGGCAGCAGCUGUUGCUUCGUCCAAGCUUGGCGAGUCUUCGUACACGCAUUACUCGGAAGGCAUUGCACCAGAGCAGCUUCGAGAGUUGCUCAACUCACGGAACUCGAGAGAGGUGAAAGAUGGCUUACGGAGGAUUAUAGCGAUUAUGGCCUCUGGCGACGGCUCAAUUGACGUGGAGACGUACUUCAGUGAUGUAGUGAAGAAUAUUACGUUUGGCGACGCCAAGAUAAAGACACUUGUCUGUAUUUAUCUGCAGAGAUUCGCUGAGGGUGACUCUAACCUGGCACUGUUGUCAAUUAAUUCGCUGCAGAAGACCCUUACAGAUGGGGAUCCGGAAAUCAGGGCGCUGUCGAUUAAGGCCCUUGCAGAUAUAAAAGUUCCUUCAUUGCACCCGAUUGUAGUACACUCGUUGAAAAAAGCUGUUUCUGAUUCCUCUGCAAGUGUGAGAAGCGAAGUAUCCUUCGCUAUCCUCAAAUUGUUUAUUGCAAGAAGCGAUGAAUUUGCGGACGAGCUUUUGCAGCUCCUAGAGCAGCUUCUUUCAGAUGCUGACCCGUUAGUACUUUCUUCAGCAGUUGUUGUGCUCCACGAAUGCUUCCCCGAAAGAUUGGAUUUGCUACAUAGUCACUUCCGCUACUUCUGCAGUGUACUGCACAGGAUGGAUCCUUUCUCUCAGGCAGUCCUUAUCACUUUACUCAUACGUUACUGCAAGACUUUCCUGCCUCGUCCCAAGGUUGUUGAUACUUCAUCUGAGGCUGGUGAAUCGAUUCCAUUGCCUAAUAAGUAUAACGAGAUUUCGUUCCCAGUGUACGACGCUGAGAUUCAUCCAGACCUCGGCCUCUUUCUGAAAUCAUUAGAGAGACUGGUAUUCUCCUCUAAUGCCACUGUCUUGCUGGCGAGCUCAAAUGCUUUUCUUCAGUUGGCUACUCCCAUGCAAUUCAAGAAGUCGCGUCUCCCACAAGCCUUGGUCAGAGCGGUUUCGUCUUCAUCGAACCUCGGCGUACAAAUCACUCUUCUCCAAUCAUGCUGCCUGCUUUCCAUGAUAGACCCUACGUUGUUCCUCCCAUAUGUCAAGAAAUUCUUCGUUUUGCCCUCGGAUGACGCUAUGGUAGGCUCCUUGAAGGUAAGGAUACUUUCCAUUCUCACCAAUGAAUCCAAUGUGAAAGUUAUAGUGAAAGAACUGAAAUACAUCAUUUCGAACUCUAAAUCGCCAGCAUUGGUAAUUGCAGCUACAAAUUCUUUGGCCGUGUGUGCUAUGCUCUCGCCCGGCUGGGAAGCCUUUAUAAUAAAAGGCUUGAUAUCUAAUAUGGAGAUUGAAAAACUUCCUGCAGCAGUUUUAGGCUCUUAUGUUGAUGUGAUCAGAAUUUUAGUCCAGAGGAAUCCAAAGCGGCACAUAUCCAGCAUAAUGAAACUUGUCAAAGUUCUUGAUGCCAGAAAAGCACUCUCAGAUAACGCAAGAGCGAGUAUAGUUUCAAUCGUUGGUGAAAUUGCUGCUUUUGAGUACAAAAUUUGUCCUGAUAUUUUGAGGAAGUUAGUCGGUACUUUUGCAUAUGAAGGGCCGGAGACUAGGUGUCAGAUACUUCUUCUAUCUGCCAAACUUUUAUCAUAUGAGAUUGAGAGGUUCAAAGCAGAGCAACCAGAAGAGACUUAUAACUUCAGUCAAUCAAGGGUUGCGCAAAUAUGCCAGUACGUGGUGCAUUUGGCGGGCUUUGACGAAGAGUUCGACAUUAGAGAUAGAGCACGAGCUAUUUCCUCCCUUUACGACACAGGCAAGUACGAGAUAGCUGCACUUUUGUUCCAAGCCCCAAAGCCUUCUCCCAAGAUGACGUUGAUAAGCGACGACGUGGAGCUGGGGGACCACAGUAUACAGCAUUUCGGUGGUUCCGGAUUGGACAAGUGUGUGACGGCGUACUAUAAAAUGAUUCCUUGGAAUGAUGAAGAACCCAAUGCUGCUGAUGAUCUCAGAAAUCCUGCAACACUGAAAGAUUACUCGCGGUAUACAAGUUCCCUAUCGGGCAGCUUCAUAAGUGCCUCAAAGUCAUCUGGCACCAAUCUCACGCAAGACUCUUCUGCCAGUAUCUCACAUACAUCAUUGGCCUCUCAUCAAGGUAAAAAAUAUCGUUUACAAACGCUAGAUGAAUUCUUUUCAGAUAUUCCUUCGACUCGAACUACAAAGAAGAAGAUCGUUAUACAGGAAGAAAGCUCGAGUGAUGAGAGUGGCGAGACCGAUAGUGCGGACGAUAGUGAGGAGGAUAGCACUGAUCAAUCAAGCUCCUCUUCUUCAUCAGUACCAGUACAUAACAAUGACUAA